AUGUCAGUCGAGGAGAAAGUAGCUGACUUAAAAGUUCAAGACGAGAGUGAGCAAAAAAUUACACCAUGGGAGGUAGAAGGUGCCGUUGUAGACGGUAAAUCACAGGGUAUCGAUUACGAGAAGUUAAUCAAACAAUUUGGAACCAAAGCCAUAACUCCAGAAACAUUGACUAGAUUCAAGGAAGUUACGGGACAAGAACCACAUCCGUUCUUGAAACGUGGUGUAUUCUUCUCUGAGAGAGAUUUACAUAAAAUAUUAGACUUGUAUGAACAUGGUGAACCAUUCUUUUUGUAUACGGGAAGAGGCCCUUCGUCCGAUUCGAUGCAUUUGGGACACAUGGUUCCUUUUAUUUUCACCAAAUGGUUACAAGAAGUGUUUGAUGUGCCAUUGGUGAUUGAGUUGACUGAUGACGAAAAGUUUUUAUUCAAACCUAAAUUAACCAUCGAUGAUGUCAAAAACUUUGCCGUGGAAAAUGCCAAGGACAUCAUUGCCGUCGGCUUCAAUCCUGAGAAUACUUUCAUCUUUUCUGAUUUACAAUACAUGGGAGGUGCAUUUUACGAAAAUGUUGUGAGAACCUCUCGUCAGAUUACCACUUCAACUGCAAAAGCCGUAUUUGGAUUCACUGAUACCGAUUGUAUUGGGAAAAUCCAUUUCGCCAGUAUUCAAAUUGCUACCGCGUUUCCAUCGUCAUUUCCUGAUGUUUUGGGAUUGCCUCCAAAGACACCUUGUUUAAUUCCCUGUGCCAUUGAUCAAGAUCCAUAUUUCAGGGUGUGCAGAGAUGUUGCUGAUAAAUUGAAAUUCUCCAAGCCUGCUUUGAUUCAUGCCAAGUUUUUCCCAGCAUUGCAAGGGGCAUCAACCAAGAUGUCUGCUUCUGACACUAGCAGUUCAAUUUUCAUGGGCGAUACUGCCAAACAAAUACAAAAGAAGAUUAACAAAUUUGCUUUUUCAGGAGGACAAGCAUUGAUGGAAGAUCACAGAAAAUACGGUGGUAAUGUUGAUGUUGAUGUCGCCUACCAAUACUUGUCAUUCUUUAGUUAUGACGAUGAGAAAUUGGAGAAAUUGGCUGAGGGAUAUAGAAAAGGUGAGAUACUAUCGGGUGAAAUGAAGAAGGAAUGUAUCACCGUAUUGCAAGAAUUUGUAGGAGCUUAUCAGGAAAGAAGAGCUAAAGUUGAUGACGAACUUGUUGAAAAGUUUAUGAAACCACAUAAAUUAGUUUAUGGUCAACAGGAAAGAAAGGUUGCACCCAAACCAAGACAAAAGAAGUAG